AUGAAUCCAUCAGGAACCAUGGGGGUCCUAGAGCAGAAUGGGGAAGAACACUUAGCCACCCCGAUUCUCGGGCCCUCGGUGCAUUCAGAUAACCCGCAGGAGCGGAUCCAGGCCCGGCGCCUGCGCAUCGCUGCCCGCCAGGAAGCCCGAAGGCGGGAAGCCCUGGGAGAGUAUUUGGAUGGAAAGAAGGAGAGUGAGGAGGAGCAAAGCAAGAGCUACAAACAGAAAGAAGAGAGCCGACUGAAACUGACUAAACUCCUGCUCUGCGGGACGGAGUUGGUGACAAACAUUCAGGUGGCUACAGACAUCAGAGAGAUCCACAGGAGGGUUGAGGAGGAGGAGACCAAACGGCAGAGACUGGAGAAGCUGGAAAACGAAGUUAAGACCAGCCAGGACAAAUUCGAUGAAAUCACGGCCAAGUGGGAGGAGGGCAGACGGAAGCGAAUUCCCCAGGAACUCUGGGAGAUGCUCAACAGCCAGCAGGUGCACUGUGCUGGGCUCAUAGAAGACAAGAACAAGCUCAUCAGCGAACUGCAGCAGGAGUUAAAAAUAAAGGAUGACCAGUAUGUGAAGGACUUGAAGAAACAAUCAGAAGACAUCACCCUGCUUCUGGAGAGGAUGGAGGAGCAAGUGAAGAACGUGAUGAAGAAAUUCCGCCAGGAGCUCAUUCACAUUGAGAAAGCCUUUGAGAGGGAACGACAAGAACUGCUAUCCACUAAUAAGAAGAAAUGGGAGCGAGCCCUGCAGGCUCACAAUGCCAAGGAGCUGGAGUACCUCAUCAACCGAAUGAAGAAGGUGGAGGACUACGAGAAGCAGCUCAACAAGCAGCGGGUCUGGGACUGCGAGGAGUACAACACAAUCAAGAUCAAGCUAGAACAGGACGUGCAGACGUGGACUGUGGGAGACAGAGGCUUCUGCAAGUUGUGUAGGAUCUUGGGAGACACUGCCAACAACUCCCACGUGCCGUUGCCCCUGGGACUCCACCUGCACGAUGUCCUCAACAACCUGAGAACAAAAUACACCAAGCAGAUAAGGCAGUUUCAGGAGGACAACCAGUCCAUGACCUCAGACUACAAACGGCUCGUGACGCAGUUCAAGGACCUACAGAAAGCCUUGAGACACUUCAUCAUCAUUGAUGAGGAGAAGUUUCGGGAGAUUUGGCUGAUGAAUGAAGCUGAGGCAAAGGUACUGGCACAAAGAGCCUUUGAUGUGGACAAGAUCAUCCAUUCCCAGCACCUGGGCUUGCCCUGGAAGAUGCCUAACCUCUGGUUCCUGAACAAUGUGGGGCCGAUUUCCCUGCAGCAGCAGAAGUCAGUCACACAAAUACUGGAAGAACUGCUGCUGCAGACAGGUGACUAGACACGGCGUCAUUGAGAUGCGACAGAGGCAGCCAUGUCAGAAGACGAGUCUUACAUGGAUCUGCCCAAUCAAGUUUCAGCAAAAACCACCAAAAAGAUCCUCAUGCUCCUGUGUGAUGAGUCGGGUUUCCUCAUAGAGAGCAAACUACUGAGUCUGCUCCUCCCCCUGGAGAAGAGUGAAUGCUAUCUGCUGAGGUUGGACGCCAUCUUCUCUGCUCUGGCAAUUGAAACCGAGGAUGACUUGUACAAGCUGGUGAACUUCUUCCUUCGAUACCGAGCCCACCGUUUAUCCUCUGCCCAGGCCAGUACCUCGAUUCAAAGCAACGUGGAGCGUACAAGCCUGAUGUCAGCGCUGGAGCGUCUGAGUCUGAUGUCCCAGGUGGACAGGGGAAGCACAGUGUCCAAAUCAGAUCAAGAGUCCACAGAGCAGCAGGACCUGCAGGGUGGUGACAACGAAAGCCUCGAGGGCAAGGAGUUGGGAGAGCAGGAGGACCUGUCUUCACCCAAGUUCAUCCACCCCAAUGAUGUGCUCAAGAUUCUGGAGGCCUUUGUCAUGGGGCUGAAGAAGCCUAAGGAGGCUCGGCCAGUACAGAAGUUGAAGAAAGAAACUCGAGAUAACUCGAAGGACACAGAGUACUGGGAGUCCCUGGCUACGGUUAUCCCGUUCUCCAAGCAGAACCUCUGGGAUGCGCUGUACAACGCCUUGGAGAAAUACUACCUUGUGCUGACCCAGAGGGCCAAGCUGCUGAUGGAGAAUGACUCUCUGGAGCAGCAGAAUGCAGAGAUGCAGUCCCUGCUACAGCAGUAUCUCCAGGCUAAGGUAAAUUCGGAACUGCAGAUCCCUCCGACUCAGGGCUUCCGGAUGCCCUCAAAAUAGAGAAGGAGCUGCAACACCUAGUGUCAUUGAAAGACAGGCCCAC